AUGUUAACUCUCACUCCUAAAACCCUAUCUUCUUCUUCUUCCUCCUCCUUCACUCUGCACAAAUCUCAAAACCCUAAAUCCCCAAAUUCAAGUAGAUUACAGAGCUCGAAAUGGAGAUUUAGUACCAAUUUCGUGAAAUCGGAGAUUCAGAUUGAGAGGGGUCUCGAAUUCGAAACGGGAGAGACUUUUUUCCGCCAUGAAAGCGCAAGAGGUCGUGACCUCGGUGUGCUCUCUGCUUCUUUGUACAAGAGAUCCAAUGGAAGCUUACGAAUACUCGACGCGAUGUGCGGAUGUGGAAUCAGAUCGCUCCGUUAUCUUGCCGAAGCGGAAGCUGAUUUCGUUAUGGCGAACGAUGCGAACGAUGCUUAUCGGAGGAUAAUCACAGAUAAUCUGAGUAAAAUAGAGAGAGGUACAGGAGACGAGAGGAGAUGGGUCGUUACGCAUCAGUUAGCUAACAAAGCGAUGAUUGAGAGAUAUAUGGUUGGGGAUUUCUUCGAUUUGAUUGAUAUUGAUUCGUUUGGUAGCGAUUCGGCUUUUCUUAGAGAUGCGUUUAAUGCGUUGAGAUUGGGUGGUUUGCUUUACCUGACUUGUACAGAUGGUUACUCUUCUGGUGGUCACAGGCCUUACAAUUCCUUAGCAGCAUAUGGAGCAUUUAUUCGUCCAAUGCCAUUUGGGAAUGAGAUUGGGCUACGGAUGCUUAUUGGCGGAGCGGUGAGAGAGGCUGCUCUGCUCGGUUAUCAUGUUAAGCCCCUUUUCUCGUACUAUUCUUAUCACGGGCCUGUAUUUAGAGUCUUGCUUCGGGUUCACCGUGGGAAGCUACAUGAGGACAGGAACUAUGGUUUUGUCACUUUUUGUCAUCUAUGCGGCAAUUCUGAUACAGUGAGAUGGGAUGAACUUGGUCUGAUGGGAUGUCCCUGCAGUGAUACAAAGGCUUCUCCUUCACUAAAAGUGUCGGGACCAAUGUGGCUUGGGCCGCUUCAUGAUGCAACAUAUGUUACUGAAAUGCUGGACUUGGCGAAGGAAUGGGGGUGGGUCAGUGAAGGCAUUGGCAUGGAUCUUGAGAAGCUUCUCAGCAUAAUGAUCGAAGAGAGCGAUCCAAGACUGCCUCCCGGAUACACCAUAAUGGAUCAGAUGGCAAGCCGUGCAAAGAUGAAUUCACCUUCAUUGAAGAAGAUGAUGAGUGCACUUGUCAAGGAGGGAUAUGCAGUUAGCAGAUCUCAUAUUAUAUCCAAUGCUCUCAAAACAGAUUGCCCCAUGUCAGAUUUUGUAAGGAUUGCCAAUAAUGAAAUGCAGAACUGA